AAUUCGGAGAAUCGGGAAGGUUGGGAAGUUUAUUGUAGAGCCCUUUGUGUUCGAACUGGGAGCUGAGUAUCUGAAAUGGACCACCAGUUAGCGCCCUCGUCUCGGACACCAUUUGGACCAACAAAGACUGCUGGUAUUACUCACGUAGUUNCUCGUCCCUUCGACGUGCUGGACAGUGACAGUGUGAUACUUAAAGGACUUCUUAAAAGCUGCCUUAACCUUUUCAAUGACUUGGGCUGGAUAGUUUGA